CGCAGCCAUUGGUUGGAAUCAUCUAGAUCCAGCUACGCAGGUAUAUAUUUUGCGAUUUCUGGGGCAGGGCACAUAAACGUAAACAUAAGCCAUAGAAACUGAAGAAAACUAUCCAAAAGAAUUUCAAUAGAUACACGCUAAUCUAACUUUAAAACUAACCCACAUCAAAAUGUCGCUGACUGUGAAAGUGUAUUUUGAGCGAGCUAGUGGACCAGCAGAGAUCCGCAGGUUCACAGUGGAGACUAACCUGGUAGAUGUUUUUGCCUUGACUAAAGAAAAAGUUAGACAACUCUACCCAGCAUUGGCUCAUGGAAAUUUCUCUAUGUUCUGGACAGAUUCAGAUGGUGAGAGAAUUAUUUUCUCUAGCACAGAAGAGAUGAGAGAAGCUGUAGCCAAUGCUAAGGAUGGCAUCUUGCGUAUCUACAUUCCUGAGCCUAUGGAUCAGUCUCAGCCUACUGCUACCCCUCCACCAAGACACCCAGAAUCACCCAAACCCAGCAAAGAAACUCCCUUGGGUGAAAAGGGGCCAGAGCGACGUAAUGCAGGCAGUCACUCGAGCCAACCCCAGGGCCAUCCAUCAGGACCAAUCCACUUUGGAGUCACCUGUGAUGGUUGUGAGGGACCAGUGAUUGGUACACGUUUCAAGUGCUGCAUCUGCCCAGACUAUGACCUUUGCGAAACUUGUGAGGGCAAAGGGAUGCACACUAAUCAUGACAUGUACAGAAUCAACACCCCAACCAAUCAACCAAUGGGAGGCUUCUUUCCACCCCACCUUGCACGUUACAUCCAGAGGUGCAUGAGAAAUGUGAAUCCUGGUGCUGGAUCUCCUGGCUUCCCCUGUGGUGGUGCCAGUGCUAAUGCCGAGGGCAGCCAGGAAGACAGGGAAAGGAGCAAGGCAAAUUAUGAUGAGUGGCUGAACAAUGUUGGUGCCAAUAUUGCAGCUUUUCUGGAUCCUAUGGGCAUUGAUGUCACCUAUGAUGUUCAUCAUGAUGGUGACCGUCCAUUUCAUCAGGGAGGCUGGAAAAGGUUUUGCCCUGCUUUUGAAAGCAUGAAUCAGAAAGCCCAGCAGAGUGGAGCUCAGGAGCCCCAGAAAGAUGAGCAGAAAUCAACUACUGGGCAGCAAAGAAUGGAGACUGAUGGGGACAGCAUGCCAAGGGAUCCCAGCCGCCCAAUCCCAAUGCCUGACAGUAGCAAGGCUGAAACUGAUCAUUCAGAUGAUGACUGGACACAUUGUACCUCUGAGGAUAUCAGAGAGAGGUCAGCUCCCUAUGUUUUUUCUGGCCCUGCGCCCAUUCCUAUGCCAGCCCCAGCCACUGUGGACCCAACAGCUCCUCCAUCAACUAUGGCAUCUGGAACCAACCUUUAUCCUAAUUUGACUUUGGAUGUCAAGAUUCAACAGAGCUUGGACCAAAUGUUGUCCAUGGGAUUCACCAACAAUGACAACUGGCUGUCUGAUCUACUUAUUGAGCACAAGGGAGACAUUGGGGCCACCCUCGAUGCCAUCAAGGCAAAGGCCACCCAGCAGCUCAACUCUCUUCGCGAGGCCCGUUAGAGUGUGUCAGUUUGACAUCUCCUAAGUCUUUAAAGCUGGAGAUUAAUAAAUUGUCACUAAUUUGUUAACCCUAAUGAUAAUCUGGUUGAUGUGAUUUCUUUAAUGUUGUCAUUGAAAUUCCUAAAUUGUAUUUACAUGUAAAACAGCAAGUUGGUGUUUUUAAACUUAAGUUGGUGUUUUUAAACUUAAGUUGGGUUUAUUUUACAACAGAUAAUUUCUAUAUUGUAUUUUUUUUUAAACAUGGUAUAUUUGUUUUUCUUGUAGACCUCGAAGGAAAAUAUGUUGGUUAUAAUUUUUUCUAUUUAAACUUAGGAUGUUGGAGAGAGCUUAAAAUUUAUUCAAAAUGAAAUGUAUGCAAAGGUUGUUAUCAAUUUUUUUGUUUAAUAUUUUAAUCAUUAAAUUAACCCCUGUUCUAUUAAUUACUUAUUGUCAUGUAUUCUAGAAAUAUUUUGUUUUUUGAUUUGAUGUAUUCACUAACUUUGUGGUGAGAUUUUCUAGUAUGCCAACCUACUAGUGCACUACUUUGCACCACAGUUUCUUGUGUGUUGCCAAACUCUCUGUUAACAGUUAUUGAUUUUUGUGCACCAACAACCCACCUCAAGUCCCCAUGGCAAAGCUAUUAAACCACUAAUUUGUCUGGAGAUAAUUUUGCCUAGUUAUCUCCCUGUGUCAGCUAAUGGGGUUGUCUCCCUUGACAUCAGCUAUUGUGAAACAUCAAUAAAGGAAAGUUUGUCUCUGGGGCAGCACCAGAACUUUCUGCUGGGACAAAGCAAUUAUGAACAUGAGCAAAGCCUGACUAAUUUAGCUUUUCUGGAAAUUCUUUAUUUUUAAAAUUUAUUUGAUAGGCUCAACAAUGUAAUGAGAUCUUGAUCAAUUAGUAAUAAUUUAUGACUGUUGAAUUUCUUUUUAAUAAUAAAAUACCAGUAGAUUGUUUUAAA